UGCGGACGCACUACUUACCCCAUGUUGAUGGUGGAUUCCAGAAAACGCCGUGAGGGGAUCCCAUGCAAAGGCCUGCUUGCCCUCGCGUCGACUCACUAUAUCAAGUCGACGUGUCCGAGUAAGAUUGUGUCCACCAAAAGGAACCCCAACAGAGUACUCAAUCAUGUCUCUCAAGCCAAUCAAGCUGUACUGGAGAAACCAGGUCCCCAAUCCCUCCAAGGUGCUCGUCAUCCUGGAGGAGCUGGGCCUCCCCUAUGAGACGGAGUUUGUCGAGCUCGACGCCCUCAAGCAGAAGCCGUAUACGGAUGUCAACCCCAAUGGCAAAGUUCCUGCAAUCUAUGAUCCUAAUCAGAACCUCACUCUCUGGGAGUCCGGUGCCAUCGUCCAGUAUCUCAUCACUACCUACGACACGGAUCACAAGAUCUCCUAUGCCGCCGCCCCCGAAAGCCACCACCUGCUGCAAUGGUCGUUCUUCCAGGCCUCUGGCCAGGGCCCCUAUUUCGGCCAGUCCGCCUGGUUCAACAUCUUCCACGAGAAGUUCUACGGCGAGAGCCCCGAGUCCGCCAAGGUGCGCUACGGCAACGAGGUGAAGCGCAUUGCGGGCGUGCUGGACGGCGUGCUCGCCGGCCGCGACUGGCUCGUCGGCGACAAGUGCACGUAUGCCGAUCUGGCGUUCGUUAUGUGGAACCUGCAGCUGCCGUUCUUCAUGAGCAGUCGCACGGGAGAACAUGCCUGGAACCCGGCUGAGUUUCCGAAUUUCUCUCGCUGGCAGGACGCCAUGAUGGCGAGGGAGUCGGUCAAGAGGGUUGUGGCGGUGUUGCAGGAUAAGGAGGUGAAGAGUUUGUAGGUAGGGAUAUCGGACUAUCCUGGUCUAUGAUCCUCAUGAUCCACUCUUCUACAAGCGAGCGUUUUAUGAGGACCUAGUUCAUUGCACCUGUCAUCUCUUUUGAAGUAGCUUCGCCCCGUUAAAUCCCUUACAAUAUAUGAGCAAGGAGGAAUGCAGUAUUAAGAUAAGGAUUACUAUUUCUGAACACAAUAUACAUAAA